GAUACUACUGUUGGGAAUAAAAUGUUCAAUGAAUUGACUUGUUCGUGUUGUCUAAACUUAAUUGUUAUCAAGUCGUCAUUGAUAACAUUUUAAUUUUGUUAUUUAAAAAUGAUAGUUUUGUAGUACGAAAAAUCAAUAAAUAGAAGUUGCUAUAAUAUUAUAUCAUUAUUGUGUACUUUUUGUUUGUAAAAGAACAUUCAAGAACAUCAAUUUUUUAACAAUGAAGCUAUUGGUGUCAUUAUUUUUUAUUCAAACUACGGUUUUGUUCAAUUGUAUCCAGUUUUUGGUUUGCACUGAUAAUUAUUCAACUGAAGUUGUCAAGACUGAUAAAGGAUUUGUUCAGGGUAAGAUUUUAAAUACUGCUGGAAAAUCAAUUCGUUACUCGAGUUUUUUGGGAAUACCGUAUGCGAAACCACCUAUUGGAUACAGAAGAUUCAAGCCUCCGGAAGAAGCUGAUGCCUGGACAGGAAUUUAUCAGGCAACAUUAGAAAAAGAGAAAUGCCCUCAAAAAAAUCCCGUAGAUGGUUUCCCUAUGGGAAAGGAAGACUGUCUUCAUCUUAAUGUUUAUUCACCAAAAGUGGAUUCCAAUGACACCCAACUGCGACCAGUGAUGGUUUGGAUUUAUGGUGGAGGUUUUAGUAGCGGAUCCAACAGCCCAGAUACAUAUGGAUCUGAUUUCCUAAUCGAAGAAGAUGUGGUAGUUGUUGCGAUGAAUUACCGUUUAGGAGCUUUGGGAUUCUUGUCUCUCAACCAUACAAAUGCCACCGGAAAUGCUGGCCUGAAAGAUCAAAAUUUAGCGCUCAAAUGGGUGCAAAAAAAUAUCAAAAAUUUCGGUGGUGAUCCAAAGAAAGUUACUAUUUUUGGACAAAGUGCUGGAUCUGCAUCGACGUUAUACCACGUCCUUUCUGAUCAGUCAAAAGGACUAUUCAGAUCUGUGAUCGCCAUGAGCGGGUCGCCAUUGAAUAGAUGGGGUUUUACUAAUUUGCCUGAAGCUGUAUCUCGUAGUUUUGCGAUCGGUAGACGAAUGGGAAUAGUCACAACAAAUGCAACAUUUCUUUUACAAAAAUUAUAUAAUGCUACUGCUGAUCAUAUUGUUUUAGCUACUACUUCAUUAACUAAUAAUUCUCCGGAACCAUAUAUGAUGCCAACAAUUGAGAAUCCAAAAAUUGCUACAGCUCCGAUAUUAACUGAAUGUUGGAUCAACAAAUUCAAGACAGGAAAUUUCAAUCAUGUGCCUAUAAUGCUGGGUUUUGUCAAUGUUGAAACCUUGCUAUAUGUUGGUACUAAUGUAGUAUCUCGCGAAGGAAUUAUUGAUGCAACAAUAAAAAGUGUAAUGAAAUUUCCUGAAUUGCUACAUACAGAGGAAAUAAAAUAUUUGACGAAUUUAAAGAAUAGCAGUGGAAAUAAUGUCAACCUUCCAAUCGGUGAUCAGUAUCAAAUAUCGUGGACAUCAUCUGAUAUACUUUUUAACUACGGAAUAGACCGAACCCAACGAUUUUUAGCGGCUGCGAAAUCAACGCCAGUUUAUUAUUAUCGCAAUUCAUUCGAUUACAAUCAAUCAUUACACAGAAUAUGGGGUGUUAAUUUAAAUGGAACUUCACAUGCCGACGACAUUGCACAAAUCUUUUGGUUACCGAAAAAUAAUCAAUCACUCGAUCCACAAAGUGAUAUUGGAAUUCAACGAUCCAAGACAGUUAGAAUGUGGACUAAUUUUGCCAAGUAUAGCAAUCCGACACCUAACGGAACAUCAGAUCCGCUUUUAAAGAUUACUUGGCCGCCUUCUGGUCCCAACGGUUUAUGUCUUGAAAUUAAUAGGCAUGCAAUUGUCGGGCCCCGACCAAUUAAUAAGUUUCUAGAUUAUGUUGAAAAAGUAAUGGAGUCAUCUUUGAACGAAGUAAAUGGAUGUUAGUAACACAUAAUCUGUCAUUAUA